AUGUCUGGGACCAAACCACCCCGUCAGGAGCAUCCGGACUCUGAUCCAGAUGACACAUCAGAGGAGCUGACAGAGGUGGUGUGUCUGGAGUCAGACCUGCAGGAUGGACAGAUGAUGGAGGUUGAAGUGGGACACCACAGUGUGCUGUUGGCACGCAGCGAGGGCAAAUACAGUGCCAUUGGUAACCAGUGUACACACUAUGGAGCUCCACUUAGUAAAGGGGUUCUUUCAGGCCACACAGUGCGCUGCCCGUGGCAUGGCGCCUGUUUCAAUGUCCAUACAGGAGAUCUGGAGGAAUACCCCGGCAUGGACUGUUUACCCUGCCAUAAGGUCAAAAUUCAAAACAGCAAAGUGUACGUGUCUGUAAAUAAAAAGACCCUCAGGCAGGAGAAGAGAGUGAAGAGUAUGGGAGGUGCAGUACCAGGAGUAACUCAUACUGUUCUGCUGCUGGGAGGAGGAGCUGCGUCGUUGAUCUGCGCUGAAACUCUGCGGCAGGAGAACUUUGGCGGCAGAAUCCUCAUGGUCAGCAGAGAUGACCUUUUACCUUACGACAAAACACGACUCAGCAAGGUGAUGAAUGUGGAGAGCGACACUAUCCUGCUGAGGAGGAUGGAGUUUUACCAUAAGCACGACAUCGAGGUGUGGCUCAGAAAAGAAGCGAUGUCAGUGGACACAGACAAGAAGACAGUCACAUUUGAUGAUGGUUCAGUCCAGAGCUACGACCAGCUCCUCAUCUCAACAGGCUGCAGAGCAAAGGGUCUUGAUGUACCCGGCAUGAAGCUGGGCAACGUCAAGAUGUUGGAGACACCAGAGGAUGCCCGGCAAAUCCACGCAGCCUGUCUGGGCUGCAAUGUCGUCCUCGUGGGAACCUCUUUUGUCGGUAUGGAAGUUGCAUCAUAUUUGAUAGGCAAAGCCUCCAGUAUCACGGUGAUCGGCAGCAGUCAGAUGCCAUACCAGAACACACUGGGUCGUGAAAUUGGCAAAAUCACCAUGAUGAUGCUGUCAGAGAAAAAUGUGAAAUUCUUCAUGAAUGAUAACGUGACGGAGGUCAAAGGUGUGGAUGGCAAGGUGAAGGAGGUUGUGCUUAAAAGUGGAAAAGUCAUCCCAGCCGAUGUCUUGAUUGUUGGUAUUGGCAUCAGACCAAACUCAGAGUUCCUGCAGGGCAGCAAAAUACAGAUGGACUCGAAAAACUUUGUAAUAGUCGACAAGUAUAUGCGCACCAACAUCCCUGAUGUGUUCUGUGGGGGCGACCUGGCCACCUUCCCCCUGAUGAUGGCCAAAAACCAGCUAGUCAACAUAGGACACUGGCAGAUGGCACAAGCACAUGGGAGGAUAGCGGCUCUAAACAUGCUGGAUAAGAAGAUUGAACUCAGCUCAGUUCCUUUCUACUGGACCGUCCUACUGAAUAAAACCAUUCGAUAUGCAGGCUAUGGGGAGGGAUACACUGAUCUUGUAAUGAAAGGAAAGGUUGAGGACAGGAAGUUCCUGGCAUUGUACAUCAAGGAUGAUGAGGUCAUAGCAGCAGCGAGCCUAAACUAUGACCCAGCAGUGUCUGCAGUAGCUGAGCGGCUCGCAACAGGAAAAAUCAUCACGAAGAAAGAGGCUGAAUCAGAUGACCUGAGCUGGCUGCAGUUGUCCCAAUCUACACUUUCCACCACUCUCACACUAAACACGCCAUCUGCACAAUGUUGACAUGUAGCCAGAAUCUCAUUCAUCUGUCUCCUCGUCACCACCGCUC